AUGCUGGAGGGAGGCAUUGCUGCCAAGGUCCAGCUGGGCCAUGAGAUCAUACAGAUAAAAAGUCUCACAUUCAGUUCUGAUAGUACAAUGCACAGAGAUAUUAAUAUGAACUCUUGGCAUGUGUCAUACAAGGCACUCACAUACAGUUGCCUUAACAAAUCCACACCAGAGCAGCACAACUGGUUUCUUGGUAUCAAGUCAUCCAAGGAUCAUACUAGUGAGACACAGCUGCAAGGUCUGAAGACCACUAUUGACAAGAUGGCAUCAAUAUACAAUGAUUCUCCUCUUGCUCAGAGAAUAAUAACCUCUGAACUCACCACUGUCAUUUUCACAUCAAAAUUGAAGGGCAUCAAUGGAGAUCACUCAGCUGAUCAGAAGAAGGUCUUUGAGCUCAUCCAAAGAUGGAAAAACAACAACUGGAGGGAUGAGUUGGGAAUGCAAGCUGAUGGGUUACCUAAUGAUAAGCUGAGGGCUGCUGAGUUUCUUGUGUGGGUGGGGUGCUGUAUGCACAAGGAUCUCAAUUUGGUCAAAGGCAGGAAUGUAGCAAUGAUGGAUUCCUGGGAAGUGAAUGGUUUUGAGUGCCCAAUGCUACUGGCCAAUAAAGAUAAUGCCACCACAUUACAACAACCAUCAGAGAUGGUAACAGAGGUGCAGCUAAGGGCACUUGAAGUCUCUGGCCAAGGUGGCAUCAAGACAUGUAGUCUUGCUAGUGCAAUUUUCAAUAACAAGGAUGACAAAAAGGGGUAA